AUGGGCCUUGCUUAUUUCCUUUACGACGUUUACUUUGGCACGAGGGAAGGAAUAGCAUUGAGUGUUUAUGUGAAUUCUGCAAAAACACUCCAACGUACCCUUUUGUGGCACUUAAAAUUUGCUCAGAUUGGCUCCGUUCUCGUGCCUCCUGGCCUUGUUUCCCACAAGCUGGCUCCACUUGGCACAUCAUCGCCAAGGGUGACGGAAUUGGGGAUAUUCCACUUUGCCUUGUCGACAUGCCGGCUGACUGACGUGAUCGGACAAAAGUUGGCUCUGUCCGAACCACACUCGUGGUUCGAACCCCGAUCAAGUCCCGGUGGCGAGACUCGAGCCGAGCCCUUACCCUCAACCUGA